AUGCCGAAACCGUCCAAGGCCGAGACCUACCUGCAACAGCUGGAGAAUACCCGCUGCGAAGACGACUGGGAUGCUGUCCCGGAAACUGUGCGCAAGAUCCGCAAGCACGCUCCCAACAGAUCAUGCCUCGCCACGACGGCAGAGACCGAAUAUGCCAUCACCAAGGCCCAGUUGAAGCAGACGGCCAGACCCGCCACCGCCGUCUCUACCAAGGACCUCGAGAUCACCAGCCUGCUCCCCAAGCUGCUCGACGCCAUCGACAAUGAGCAUGCCUUCCCCGAGGACAGAUACCAGGCCCAGGUCUGCGUCGGCUGGCUGCAUUGGGCCGUUGGCGAGUAUAGCCUUGCCGUCGCUCGCCUCCCCGACGGCCUCGAACAAGACCACGACGCCUCCGAGUGGACGAGGGUGUGUACCUUGAAGACGGCCUACCUCAAGGCGAAUUGCCUCUCGAGGGACAACGAACGCGUCCAGGCUCUCGCCAUCUUCGAGUCGGCCCUAUCUGCCCUGUCCGAUGUCUGGACCGGCCAGAGGGGUCGCAAGCAGCUGCAGUUCUGGGCCGAACUGUUCCUCACCGAGUUCUGCAUGCUGCAAUCCCAGGCGCUGGAGAGAGGCGAGAAGUCCUUGGACGAUCCCAACUCCCUUGCCGCCUAUCGCUCCUGGGCGAGGUACUGGGAGACAUCAAACACCCAAGGGACCCCUCUCGUGGGAGGUCAUGGAUUCCGGGGCGCCGUACCGAGGCGCCGCGUUUGGAGCGAGUACUACACAGCAUUGUCUGGCGUCUUGGCGAACGACUUGCCUUUCCCAACGGGCCAUGUGGCAGCGGUGACAAACGAGGCCUCUGCAAGAAACCAGCUCAGGAUGGAGUUGAAGAAGGUCGAGGCAGCCUACGAGUCGCUCUUGCUCAGCGAGACUACAUUCCCUCGGGCUGAUGAAGAAAGAGAGGAAGUGGAGUCCUUCGUGGGUCUCGUUAUGAAGAGUUGGAGUAUCCUGAGCGGUCGCGACUGGCUUGAGCAUGAUCUUGGACCAAAUGGAAAGGAUGGGCUAAGUCGAGGCGUCCUGGAGGUUCUAUACCGAGCCGCCACCAAGACGUUCCACUCGACUGCCAUACUGCGCCACCUGUUCACAGUCCAUCUGGCUGUGGCCGAGUUUGACUUGGCAUUUAAAGCAUUCGAUUCGUACCUGGAGAUCGUCAAGAAAGGAAAGGCGCGCGUCGACAAGACCGGCCACACCGAACCCAGCCUUGACGAUGAUGCCACCGUUCUGGGGACAAUUUCCACAGCAAUCACGGCGCUAUGCAAGUACGGCUUCCGGGACGAGGCAGAAAAGGCCUACGAGCUUGGCAUUGAGCUCGAAGACAUGCUUCAGAAAUUACCGGCCCCUCUUCCGAAUACAGAUGAAAACAUUUCUUCCCUGCAAGAAGAGAACGCCAAUGGCGUUGUCGUUCACCCGAGGAUACCUGCAAAGGUGAAUGCUCUGGCAUGGCAGGCUAUCGGGUUAUCACAGGCCCAGUGGUCGCGCAAAACCUACAAUGCCGCAUCUCGUACUGAAAUUCAAGGGAAAGCGAUUCGCAGCUUCCAGAAGUCUCUGUCUCCUGACACUGGUAACCCUACCGAUGUCAGGACCCUCUUCACUCUGGGUCUCCUGCUCGCCGAGCAGAGAGAGUUGUCGGCAGCGAUUGACAUAGUCAAGGCUGCCCUAAUGUCUAAUAAGAAGACGGCAGAGCAGAACCCAGCGGCGGGCUCCUAUUGGCGUGAACGUUCACUGAUCCCUCUGUGGCACCUGCUUGCCUUGCUCUUGAGCGCGAGGCAAGACUAUCUUAUGGCCGCCCGAGCGUGCGAGGGUGCCUUUGAGCAAUUCGACGACCCGACUGUGCUUUUUGGGACCCAGGGACUUCAAGGUCAAUAUCGAAGCGACCAUCUUAAUGAGGUGGAGGCUAGCAAUGGCACACCCACUGCCAUGGGUUUGGUUGACGAGAUGGAUGACGUUGAGAAAGAAAGCAUCAUCGAAGUCAAGAUGACCCAGCUCGCCCUCAUAGAGCUCCUCGAAGGCCCCGAAGUGGCGGUCAACGCGAGUCACGAAUUGCUUGUCUUGUACACAAGAUUGUUCGGAAGUCUUCGGUCAGAAUCUCCCACCACAACGCAAAGGUCGAGUACAGCCGUCCCGAAAAGCUCGGCUGGCACGCUGCGAAGCAUCAGGGGUAGCAUAUUUGGCCAUAAAGACAGAGGCACCAGCAACCUCAAACACACAAGCGUUGUAGAGAGUGUGAGAGAAGAGUCCCCCGAGCGGCCCCGAACUGCAGGAACUGCGACAACUACAGGUACUACAGCACCGACUAUACAGAUUACUAAGGAAAGCAGUGACCUGGGGGAUUCGCGUUCUCGAAAAUCAGGAAGCAUCCGUGGCCGUAGAAGCGAAUCAGUGAAAAGAGCCAACAGCCUCAAGAAAAGGGACAGCAGCACUCACCAGCGGCGACGGGCCGCAAGCAGCAGCAGCGUACCCCGCCAGCCUCUCCCACCGCAGCCGACAAUCUCAGAUGGCGAUGCUUACUUCACGCCCAUGGGAGACGCUGCUGCCAAUGAUCGGCCUGACUUCUUUACCUGGAAUACUAAAACCAAUGCCGGUAGUCAGCAGUCCUUCGCAAAAGGCAGGGGGUUACUGCGCUUCGAUUCGAAUGUCUCAUCAAUCAGGGGCUCAACAACCGGGUCAGACACCUUUGUUCUAGAUUCACUGUCACCUCCGACCCCAUUACCCAUUAUCCAGUUCGCCACGGAUCAAAUCAGGCGGCAGAGGCAAAUUAUCCUCAUCAAAGUCUGGCUGAUGAUCGCGGCAUUCUAUCGAAGCGCGGAUAUGUAUAGAGAUUCACAGGGGGCAAUUGACGAGGCCCGAAAGUUAGUGGGGAGCAUGGAAGCGGAAAUUGCAAGUGAUGGUUCGGACUCGGUAACAGCAAGUCAUGCCGGGUGGGGCGGCAAGAAGAGCAUCGAGGAGUUAUGGAGCGAUGUUCACGCAGAGAUGGGUCAUCUUUCUGUUUCUGAAGGUGAACCGUAUAAGGCCCGUGCCGAGUUCGAAGAAGCCCUCAUGCACUAUCCCGACCAUCCUUCUGCCAUCAUUGGUUUGUCCAAUAUCCUCCUUGAUAUCUAUAGCGAAGUGCUUCUGCCCACAUCGCCAAUACCGGGCAUCACACUGCCUGAUGGCGAGCCAGUGGAUUUGAGCGGCACUUCUCAAUCCCAGGCCUUGGUGCAGCGAGCUGACCACAGCAUCCCAAUCCUACCAAGUACCCCCUUGGGUUUAGGCGGCCAACACGCAAUUUCACCUGUGGCUCAGUCCGCAAACAGGUCUGCGGUACUCCAUCAUAGGCCUAACAAGUCCUUGACAAUCGAAGAGCUCCCUGCGCCCUACAAGGCCAAGUCUCUGCCUCUCGUCGACCGACUUGCUGCAAGGGACCGUGCAUACGGACUGUUGUCUGGCUUGACGAAACUGGGCACCGGGUGGAACCACUCCGAUGCCUGGUUCGCUCUGGCCCGGGCUCACGAGGAGAGCGGUCAACCUGACAAGGCCAAGGAAGCACUGUGGUGGUGCGUGGAACUUGAGGAGGGCAUGGGCGUCCGUGGGUGGAACUGUGUUGGUGCGGGCGGGUAUGUUUUGUAA